GCGGCGAGCGACCAACUACGUUUACGAGUCUCUCGGCGGCCUGGAGUCGUGGCUUAUAGAAGAGAUGAAAUGUGGUCGGAGGGACGAUAUGACUAUGAAAGAAUUUCAAGAGACCGAGCACCUCCUCGAAACCACCCCAGUGAGAAGAACAACAAAUGGCACCCUUCAAACAGGGACCCAGCAGAUAAACGGUGACCAUGACAAUCUCCCAAAGCCCAGGAAGAAAGUGAAAAGGAAAAAGAUGGAUCCACUCAUCCUGGUCCUUGGUGGGUUCCAGCUCACCUUAUCAAACCUUAUCAUGAAUUGGCCUCAGCCAGAGAUGAAUCCACUUCUCAAAUUGCACAACUUUCAUCUGGAAACCCCUUCGGGAAUAAUUCCACAGAGUCAGAAGACAGAGACCACAGAUAUACCUAACUCCCAGAAAGUUUCCAACAUCACUUGGGGAAGUUUAAAACGUCUCAUGAUGCAAUCAGAAAACGUCUUGGAACAAGCAGGAACACCUAUAAUAGCAGAAAAUCUUUUCCGUUCUGUGCUCGAUAUUGUUACCGCCAAUUCUCAGGGUGGACAGGAUGGCUACCAUAGAGUAGUUAAUAUUGUGCCAAAGAAAUCACCACUGCUAGACAGACCUGGUGAAGGAAGCUACUACCGUAGAUAUUACAGUCAUGUUGAUUACCGAGACUAUGACGAGGGCCGCAGUUUUUCUCAUGAUCGAAGAAGUGGUCAACCUGACAGAGGAGAUGAAUCUGGUUACAGAUGGGCAAGAGAUGAUCAUUCUGGAAGCCGACAGCCUGAAUACAGGGACAUGAGAGAUGGCUUUAGAAGAAAAGGUUUCUACUCUUCCCAUUAUGGAAGAGACCGGUCUCCUCAUAAAAGGGAUAAUUCAUUCUUCAGAGAAUCACCUGUGGGCCGAAAGGAUUCCCCGCACAGCAGAUCUGGCUCCAGCGUCAGUAGUAGAAGCUACUCUCCAGAAAGAAGCAAACCGUACUCUUUCCAUCAGUCUCAACAUAGAAAGUCCAUGCGUGUUGAUGCCUCCUACAAACGGCAGCAUGAAAGAAAGCCAGAAACAGAUAAGGAGAGGCCUGUACAAUCUUUGAAAACAUCAAGAGAUACUUCACCCUCGAGUUCUUCAGCAGUUUCAUCAUCAAAGGUGUUAGACAAACCUAGUAGGCUAACUGAAAAAGAACUUGCUGAGGCUGCAAGCAAGUGGGCUGCUGAAAAGCUAGAGAAGACAGAUGAAAGUAACUUGCCUGAAAUUUCUGAGUAUGAGGCGGGAUCCACAGCACCUUUGUUCAUUGACCAGCCAGAAGAAUCUGAGGCAAAUGCAGCAGAUGGCAUAGAGUUGUUUGAAGACAGUCAGCUAAACAGUCGCUCUAAAGCAAUAGCAUCAAAAACCAAAGAGAUUGAACAGGUUUACCGACAAGACUGUGAAACUUUCGGGAUGGUGGUGAAAAUGCUGAUUGAAAAAGAUCCUUCAUUAGAAAAGUCUAUACAGUUUGCACUGAGGCAGAAUUUACACGAGAUAGGUGAGCGAUGUGUUGAAGAACUCAAGCAUUUCAUUGCAGAAUACGAUACUUCAACUCAAGAGUUUGGAGAGCCUUUUUAGAUUUCUUGCUCAGGCAAAAAGUUUCUAGAUUCCCUCAUCCCCCCGGAUUGCAUAAAUCCUUAAUAUAUGGAAUUUUUGUGAUGAAGAGAAAUACUUUAUGAUAGCUGACCAUACUUCCAGUAUCAAAUAAACAUCUAAAAGAGUCUAUUUAAAAUAUUUUAAUUAGAACUUUUUUUUACAUGUAAAAGCCUCCUAAUCCAUAGUCACCUUUUUUUUGCCCCUAAAAUGAUGGUCAAUUAAUUUUUCAAGCUUUGAGAAAGCAGUCCUAAAGAAUAGCUUUCUGUGCCUGCUCAUGUUCUGUAGUCUUCCAAGUAUAUAAUCAUUUGGUCACAGGAGUGUAAUUUACAGGCUAGAGAUCAUUCCACUUAAACAUUAGGAGUCUGUUUGCAUUUCAUAGUGAAUGAUACCAUGUGAAAAUGUUAGAAUUCUGAGUUGUGAUUUUAUUGAGUUAUUGCUUGCUUUUCUUAGGCUUUGUAACUUUUAUAUGUUAAAGUACUAUCGUAAUAAACUGAAUACUUUAGUAUCAUACAGAAUAUUUGUUUGAGAAUAAGUCUCAUUCAGUAAUAAUAUAGAGCACUUAAAUCUCUGAAAGACACCUCAGAAUAAAAACCCUUUUAUUACAAGUACAUGAAUUCAGCAUUUUCUAUUAAUCCUGAAACUCCUGAGUUUUUCACUGAUGUGGGAGACUUAAACAAUAUCAUUUAAUAAAACUAAAAGAAGGGGCAAUUUGGAUGGAGAUUAGGGAUAUCUUAAAGUUGAGAAUUCUCAAAAAUCUCUGACCAAAAGAGGAAAAAUUUUAAGACUUUUCUUUUUUUGUAGGCCUAACAGUGAGAGGAGUUGUGUUUUAUCCAUAAGCCCAUACUCCCCACCACAAGAAAGGUGAUCGAUAACAUGCCCCUGAUCACACUAUGUAUAGGUUAUUUCGUUUUUAACCUCUAGUUUAGUGAGUUCUUUGUUCUGCCCUGUAGAGGUCCUUAGCCCUUCCGAAGUGUUCUUGAAAGAAACAAAGCAGUAGGUAGCACGCCCAACUCAGCGACCCCUUCCCAAGCAGGCUGUGGAAACAGUCCUUCACGAGUGACCCAUCCAGAUCACGGGUUAGUUGAGAAUCUAAGUGGGGCGGUUAGGAUGUUCCUCUUGUUUCCUGAUCACUUCAGCAGCCCAGUGGCAUUGAGCCAAAGCACACAGUUUCAUGGUGUUACUUAGUGAGGAAACCUUUAAAAAUCAUGUUUGUUAUUGCUGCCCAGUUUCAUUAUCCUCCCAUCCUCUUCUCAUGUUCUACUCUCUUCUCCCUCAAAUUCUGGUGUUACUUUUAGUGGCCCUCUACUGAUAAUAACUAAAGAGCUAACAUAAAAAUUAUGAAAAAUGGAAAUAGUCGUAUGAAUAAUUUUAACAGAUCCUGUAACAGGUACCUCAAAGUAUGUAUUUUAGUCCACAGAUAUAAAAUUAAUUGGGGGCGACAGUUAUUUUUUUAAAUUUCCUGAAUGAGACUACCAUGAAUCUUUAUUUUUGCCAGUUAGAUGUUAGCUUACCUAACCUUAAGCCAAACUAAGUCCCGCAUAUCAACUAUAGUAUUCUUCCUUAAUGGCGGUGAUUUUUGUUACCCACUUUUGAUAAACUAAGAAAGUACUGAUCUUGUUUUCCCUCUUUCCCCACCAAUGCUUUUCUUUUCCUUAAAUAUUCUAGUCCCAGGAUUCAUUAGCUUUAGUCAAGAUGUCACAAGUUUAAAAAUAAAACUUAAGUGACCAAAGGCAAAGGAGUUGUUCACUUUGUUGAAAUUCAUUAAGUUAGAGAAGUCUUACUAACAGAUGCAUUUAAAUGUGGGCUCAACAGAUAAUUUCUUCCCCUCCCUUUCCCCCAAAUUACAUUUAGCAUUUAAAACUGUUUAUAGCUUGCCAUCAGCAUUAUUCUGGUAGGCUUAUCAGUGUUAAACUGUUUGUUUAGAGGUUUUUUUAAGCUCUUUAAAGUCUAAUUUUAGGAUAGAUAAUUCUGAUGUGUACCAGAAUGUGUAUUUUACAAAAUGUUCUUGAUUAAAGAGAUUUGUUUGUAAAUUAUCCUUUGUUUUUGAAUAUGCCCAAUAGAUGUGAUAAAGUUUUCAUUGUCUUACCAUAAAGCCUUGAUGAUCAACAAGGGGAACGCAGAUACUGUAAAGCUUUUUGCGAAUUUUAAAGUGCAAAAUAAAGCAACCGUGUCUGAAUAA